CCAAUCAACGGACGGCAGUUUGUAGCUCCACCUUUCAGCUCCACGGCUUGGUUCCACAACGGAGGAGUACUGAAAAUAGAAACGUCUCAGCGCCCUUAUUUUGGGAACACUGCCCAACUUUUGGAAAUGGGAACGCCAAUCUAGGCGGACUAUGCCGAACCGAGCCGCUCCGCUCGAUGUUAACGAGGCUAUAUUUUCAGUACUACUCCGUUGGGGUACCAAGAAGUGGAGCUGAAAGGUGGAGCUACACACUCCCGUUCGUUGAUUGGUCGAAAGAAUCGUAACUUCCGGGCAACAGUGGAUUAAAACAAACACACACAGUACCCGUGAGGUAUCUCUGGACAACGGAAAUGUCUCGCAAAGGUAUGGUUUGGACGAACCGGGAGGUGGAAACGUUCCUCUGCAUCUUAGGGGAGGAAGACGUUCAGAGGGAUCUGGAUGGAGCAGUGAGGAAUGAGAAGGUCUUCCAGCUGGUAUCUCAGAAAUUGUUGGAUGCAGGUUUCGAGAAGAACACUGAGCAGUGUCGCCAGAAAUCCAAGAAGCUCCGCGCCGAGUAUCGGAAGGCUAAAGACAACAACAACCAGAAUGGCGACUACAGGAAGAUGUGGAAGUGGUUUAACAUGAUGGACGCUAUCUACGGACACCGACUGGAGAGUAAAGCAACAGAGCUCGACACGGCCAACUCCAUGCUGGAAUCCAAGUUUCAACCUAUCGCCACCCCUCACCUCACCUCGCCAGCUGAAGGAUCAAGGCGAGCGAUGAGGGCUGCCUAUCAGUCCCCAAGCCUCUCCACUCGAUUAAAGGAGCCCAAUCCUGAGGAGCUCUUUCUUCUGAGUCUUGCCCCCAUGCUCCAGUCCCUCGAACCCGAGAAGCUUUCAGAGGCGAAAAUACAAAUUAUGUCUGUUAUUCACCGAGCACAAUUUAAUUAAAACUAUUUCAGACUUUC